CCCAGCGCGUGCAGUCCCUCCUUCUCCUCCAUUGUGAGCAAAGCUGAACGAUGCGGUCGCCGGCAGCCAGCGUCACCGCCCAAUAGAGACCCCCUGCACAAGUACCGAGCACAACGACCCCCUUGAGAGAGACAGUAACAGAGGGCCAGAGACAAGCCCUGUUCAAACAUCAGUUUGUGACAUCCCUGUUUUCAUGCUUUAGAUAGUUGUCGAGAUACAGAGCGAGAUAGGGGGAAAGAGAGCGACUGAGACAGAGGGGUAAGGAAGGAUUCGAGGGAGAUUGCUCGUUUUUCAACUCGCCUAUUUUGGUGAGAAGGCAGAGCCGAGGUUCGCCUAGCGAUGGGGUGCACACUAAGCGCCGAGGAGAGAGCGGCUCUGGACAGGAGCAAAGCGAUCGAGAAAAACCUCAAGGAAGAUGGAAUCACUGCCGCAAAAGACGUGAAAUUACUCCUCCUGGGGGCCGGGGAAUCAGGCAAAAGCACCAUCGUGAAACAGAUGAAGAUUAUCCAUGAGGACGGCUUCUCUGGAGAUGAUGUGAAGCAGUACAAGCCUGUGGUCUACAGUAACACCAUCCAGUCCCUGGCCGCCAUCGUCCGAGCCAUGGACACCCUGGGGCUGGAGUAUGGGGACAAGGACAGGAAGGCGGAUGCUAAAAUGGUGUGUGACGUGGUGAGCCGCAUGGAGGAUACCGAGCCCUACUCCCCCGAACUGCUGUCCGCCAUGAGCCGCCUCUGGACCGACUCUGGCAUCCAGGAGUGCUUCAGCCGCGCCCGUGAAUACCAGCUCAACGACUCCGCCCAGUACUAUCUUGACAGCCUUGACCGGAUUGGUGCUCCAGACUACCAGCCAACAGAGCAGGACAUUCUCAGAACCCGAGUGAAGACCACUGGGAUUGUGGAAACCCACUUCACCUUCAAAAACCUACACUUCAGGUUGUUUGAUGUUGGAGGUCAGAGGUCAGAGAGAAAGAAGUGGAUCCACUGCUUUGAGGACGUAACAGCCAUUAUUUUCUGUGUGGCCCUGAGUGGCUAUGACCAGGUGCUGCAUGAAGAUGAAACCACGAAUCGCAUGCAUGAGUCUCUCAUGCUCUUCGAUUCCAUCUGUAACAACAAAUUCUUCAUUGACACUUCCAUCAUUCUCUUCCUCAACAAGAAAGACCUGUUUGCUGAAAAGAUCAAGAAGUCUGCCCUGAGCAUCUGUUUCCCCGAGUACACAGGACCAAACACCUAUGAGGAUGCAGCUGCCUACAUCCAGUCUCAAUUUGAGAGUAAGAACCGCUCUCCCAACAAAGAGAUCUACUGCCACAUGACCUGUGCCACGGACACGGGCAACAUCCAGGUGGUGUUCGACGCAGUGACUGACAUCAUCAUCGCCAACAACCUGAGGGGCUGUGGCCUGUACUGACACAGUAAAACUCUGGAGAUAAUCAAUAACUACUACUACUGAGAGUGCAAGCUGAUUAAUAAUAAUGACCAUUUUAAAGGGUACACACACAUAUAAAAAAUUGUCUCAACAACCUGCCAACAGAACUGAUUUCUUAUAGAAACCCAGCCCUUUUAUCCUUUUGUAGGAAGCUGUCUUUUUAAAAUGGCCCAUUUUUUAUUUACAUAACAACACUAGUCUUCAUUUAAUUUUAUAAUUGUUAAAUGUCUGCACAUUUAUUAUAUGAAUAUCAGCAAAGUGGUUACUCAUUUCUCUGAGAUAAUAUUGAGACAUAUCAAUGAGAAUUGUAACAGUAAUAAGAAGUGGCAUUGAUUAGUGAGAACAUCACAGUGUAGAUUUCUAUAAGGGGACUGGGUUUCCAUGGUAAUCCUGUUUGUAAACAAAAAAGUGACAGCAAGCCACUUGCUUUGUUUUUACUGGUGGAUCAGGGAUUUCCCAGGAGCCGCCCUGUUUGUCAGGCAGGUCUCGCUAUUGGCUGCGUCCAGUUAGGGGUGGGCCUUGGCGUCCUUAUAUGAGGCCUCUCAGCCAAUGAAAUUUCAGAAAAGUGUCCUAUCAGUGCCAACCUGAGAAUGGCAUGAUUGGAAUAAGCACUAAAAAUAUUACUGAAACAAGAACUUAUGAAUAUUAUCAUGAAAUAUUGUAAUUUUUUUAUUGUCAUUGGUUAAUGACUAUUUAUUUAUUUAUCCUCAUGUCACCUUUGUACUCACAGUACAUCAUGUACCUGCCAUUAUCCUUCACUUCUCUACUUCCUGUUUUCAUUCUGCUCGGGCUGGUUUACAGCCUCCAGCUGCUCACUCUGUCACAUACUGCAUGAUCCUCCUACUUUUCAAAACAAUGAAACAACAAACAAUGGAAAUCUCCAGACGGAAAAUGCUGAGAAAAAUAGUCUCCAAUAUAAAAAGAAGAAAAUGAAGACAAAACCAAAACCAAAAGGACGACAUCAGUAAAACUAAAGACACUGAAUGGGGUUUGGGGGUGAGGCAAGCACAGAGUGACAUCCAUCCAACCAGAAAGCAUCUUCAGUGCUGGUCCUUAGGAUGUGUUUUUCAGUAGAAUGCUGCAGAACUGAUUCUAUGGGCAGAAGGAGA